AUGGACCCGGCAGGUAUGGACCCGGCAGGUAUGGACCCGGCAGGUAUGGACCCGGCAGGUAUGGACCCAGGCGGUAUGGACCCAGGCGGUAUGGACCCAGGCGGUAUGAACCCGGGAGGUAUUUACCCGCCAGGUAUGGACCCGUCAGGUAUGGACCCGGGAGGUAUGGACCCGGCAGGUAUGGACCCGGCAGGUAUGGACCCGGCAGGUAUGGACCCGGCAGGUAUGGACCCAGGCGGUAUGGACCGAGGCGGUAUGGACCCAGGCGGUAUGAACCCGGGAGGUAUUUACCCGCCAGGUAUGGACCCGUCAGGUAUGGACCCGGCAGGUAUGAACCCGGCAGGUAUGGACCCGGCAGGUAUGGACCCGGCAGGUAUGGACCCGGCAGGUAUGGACCCGGCAGGUAUGGACCCGGCAGGUAUGGACCCAGGCGGUAUGGACCCAGGCGGUAUGGACCCAGGCGGUAUGGACCCGGCAGGUAUGGACCCGGCAGGUAUGGACCCGGCAGGUAUGGACCCAGGCGGUAUGGACCCAGGCGGUAUGGACCCGGCAGGUAUGGACCCGGGAGGCAUGGACCAGGCAGGUAUGGACCCGGCAGGUAUGGACCCGGCAGGUAUGGACCCACCAGGUAUGGACCCGGCAGGUAUGGACCCGGCAGGUAUGGACCCGGCAGGUAUGGACCCGGCAGGUAUGGACCCGGGAGGUAUGGACCCGGCAGGUAUGGACCCAGGCGGUAUGGACCCAGGCGGUAUGGACCCAGGCGGUAUGGACCCGGCAGGUAUGGACCCGGCAGGUAUGGACCCGGCAGGUAUGGACCCAGGCGGUAUGGACCCAGGCGGUAUGGACCCGGCAGGUAUGGACCCGGGAGGCAUGGACCAGGCAGGUAUGGACCCGGCAGGUAUGGACCCGGCAGGUAUGGACCCACCAGGUAUGGACCCGGCAGCUGGCACCCUGGGACAGUUGGCUAUGCCACAAGCUGCCACCAUGGGACAGUUGGCUAUGCCACAAGCUGACCCCAUGGGACAGUUGGCUAUGCCACAAGCUGACACCAUGGAACAGUUGGCUAUGCCACAAGCUGACAUCAUGGAACAGUUGGCUAUGCCACAACCUGACAUCAUGGAACAGUUGGCUAUGCCACAACCUGACACCAUGGAACAGUUGGCUAUGCCACAAGCUGACACCAUGGGACAGUUGGCUAUGCUACAAGCUGACACCAUGGAACAGUUGGCUAUGCCACAACCUGACACCAUGGAACAGUUGGCUAUGCCACAAGCUGACACCAUGGGACAGUUGGCUAUGCUACAAGCUGACACCAUGGAACAGUUGGCUAUGCCACAAGCUGACACCAUGGGACAGUUGGCUAUGCCACAAGCUGACACCAUGGAACAGUUGGCUAUGCCACAAGCUGACACCAUGGAACAGUUGGCUAUGCCACAAGCUGACACCAUGGGACAGUUGGCUAUGCCACAAGCUGACACCAUGGAACAGUUGGCUAUGCCACAAGCUGACACCAUGGGACAGUUGGCUAUGCCACAAGCUGACACCAUGGGACAGUUGGUAUAUGAUAAUUAA